CCGAAACCAAAAUCGAAAUCUGUGUCGCAAAUGUGGCACUAAUAAAUUAUCGCACAUUCGCUCGCCGCACUCGCGAGUGCUUCAUUAAUGCAGAAAUCGCAAAUGACGGAGAAUAUCUAGUUUUGCAGUGGCAGUUUUGCAGCGUUUGUUUCAUUUUGCUAGGAACGUGACCAAAAUUUCCAAGUGCCGCGUGGAUCGCUUCCAGCCGAAAUAAUACUAAAGUCUACAAGGGAGCCACGCUUCGCGGAGCAGCGAACAAACAAAAAGAACGCUAACUCCGUGGCCUAUAAAUAUCACUCUUCGAAAUUACUAAAUCCAAUUGCAGUCCAAUUAACAGCAAAGCGCCAAUGAAGCGCCAGUGAAAGAAACAGGAAAUAUAUAUCCGACAGAGGAGGUCCAUGUCGAGAACGUAAUUAACCAGAGGGGGCAAUGCAAACGCGACGAAAAUGUUGCAUCUCCUCGAAGGAUCAACAUCUGCUGCCAAGGACACUGACAAACCAAGGGGAAUCCUUCGCCAUUUAAGUUAAGAGCCCCCCAAAAAGGAGCAGGAUCUUACGCCACUCCCGUCCCCGCGUUAUGUUUGCACACCCCUGUCCUGCCCCAGCUGGAAUCAACCAAUCAGGACGACUGCUGCAUCCACUGCUCCACUGCCUCCUCCUGCUCCUUCUCGUCGCCUCCAGCCACUUCCGGCCGUCUCAUGGAGAGGUCUUCACGCUGGGCUACCUCACGGCCUCGCAACGGCGACCGGGAAACCUGGACUACAAUCGACCCGGUCUCACCAUCUCCGGCGCCAUCUCGCUGGCGGUGGAAGAGGUGAAUGCCGGUCGCCUCCGGGAUCGGGGUCACUCGCUCCAGUUCGUUGUGGCCGAGACUUAUGGCGAGGAGGUGGUCAGCAUCCGGCAAACGGCUGCCCUGUGGACGCAGCAGGUGGCCGCCUACAUUGGCCCCCAGGAGACGUGCGUCCACGAAGGUCGCAUGGCGGCCGCCUUCAACCUGCCCAUGAUAUCAUAUUACUGCACCCACCGGGAUCCCUCGAACAAGGCUGAUUUCCCCACCUUUGCCAGGACUCGACCGCCCGACACACAGAUCUCCAAGUCGGUGGUGGCUCUCUUGCUAGCCUUCAACUGGACGCAAGUGAGCUUUCUGUACUUGGACGACGACAGUGGUCAGUAUCAGCCCGUGGCGGAGACCAUCCUGAGCACUCUCAGUGAGGCUGGCGUGAGUAUCCGUGACAUUCGCACCUGGAACACCAUCUACCAUCACGGAUUUAUGGACAAUCCCUUCGAGGCGCUGGUGGAACAGACCUUGGCCAACACAAGAAUCUAUCUCAUUCUGGGCCACUACUACGAACACGUUGGCCUAAUGGUGAGCCUUCAAAAGCGGGGUCUUCUAUCCCGAGGCGACUACUUCGUCGUGGGCAUAGACAUCGAGCAGUAUGAUCCGGCCAAACCAGAAAAGUAUCUGCGUGGUUUACUUCUGGAGGAUGUGGAACCACUGGCCGUGCAGGCUUUUCAGUCCUAUCUGUCCAUUGUGCCCACUGCGUCCGUCUCCUUUGCCACUUUCGCCAACGAGGUCAACAAAUAUAUGGAGCGACCGCCAUUCAAUUUCCCCAAUCCGCUGGGUCCCUUUGGAGGCGUAAAGCAGAUAAGCGCCGAGGCUGCCUAUCUGUAUGAUGCCGUGCAUCUGUAUGCCAAGGCCCUGAUGGAAGUACUGGAUUCGGGCGGAAGGCCCAGGAACGGCAGCGCCAUUGUGGCGGCCAUCAAGGGCUCGCGAUAUCGCAGUGCCAUGGGCUAUCACGUCUACAUCGAUGAGAACGGCGAUGCGGCCGGUAAUUAUACAGUAUUAGCCAGGGGAACGGUGCGGAAUGGUCGCAAUCAGACGGUUCUGGGUCUGCGACCCGCGGGCACUUUCAUCCACCGGAACAGCAGCUUCAGCAGCGUUAGCAAGGCACUGCCCCACCAGGAUCUCAAACUCUUUAGCCCCAUCGACUGGGUGGGUGGUUCGCGGCCAGCAGCUGCUCCUCGUUGUGGAUUUGGUGGCGAAAAGUGCGUCAAUUAUACUGGCGAAAUAUCGGCGGCCAUUGCAGGCGGUGCUUUGUUGCUGCUCAGCCUGGUUUCGCUGGUCCUCUAUCGCAACUGGCGCUACGAACAGGAACUGGACAGUCUGCUCUGGAAAAUAGACUUUCGCGAGGUGCAGAUCCACGAGAACGAACGGGAAAGUCAAAGUCAGAAGCAGACUCGCCACUUGCUAAAUCACUUGCCGCGUCGUCUUCCUCCGCAGUCCACCCAUCCGCUGAUCCGCACCAGCCAGGUGAGCCUGAGUUCCAAUCCGGACGCCGAUUUCCGCUACACCACCAUCUUUACUCCGAUUGGACUGUACAAGGGUCAGCUGUAUGCUAUUAAGAAGGUGCGCAAAAAGAGUGUCGACAUCACACGCGAAAUGAAGAAGGAGCUGAAGUUGCUGCGAGAUGCCCGGCAUGACAAUAUUUGCGCCUUUAUAGGCGCCUGCACGGAUCCGCCAAAUAUCUGCAUCAUCAGCGAGUAUUGCACUCGUGGCAGCCUUAAGGACAUUCUGGAGAACGAGGACGUCAAGCUGGACAACAUGUUCAUUGCCUCCAUGGUGGCAGACAUUAUACGCGGCGUCAUCUAUUUGCACGACUCGCCCAUUCGCUUCCACGGGGCUCUGUGCACCUCCAACUGCCUGGUGGACUCGCGAUGGGUGGUCAAGCUGACGGACUUUGGCCUGUUCGCUUUUAAGCAGGGAAUCGAGGAUAGCUCCACGGAUAUGCAGCAUAUGUCGGCCAAGUGUCUGAAGCUUCUCUAUCGAGCUCCUGAGCUGCUGAGACAGGGUCCUUCCUCCCUGGUCAUGGGCACCCAACGCGGGGAUGCCUACUCCUUUGGCAUCCUGCUCUACGAGAUGCAUGUGCGGCGUGGACCCUUCGGCGAGACGGGUCUAACGCCCAUGCAGUGCCUGCAGAAGGUGCUCCAACCCCAGCUGGAUCAACAGCAUCCCUAUAGACCCUCUCUGCAACCCCUGGAAACCGCCUUCGAUUGCGUGAGCGAGUGCCUAAGGGAAUGCUGGGCGGAGAGGCCGGAGGAUAGGCCGGAUUUCAAGACCAUCCGCACAAAACUGAGACCUCUCCGCAAGGGAAUGCGGCCCAAUAUCUUCGACAACAUGAUGGCCAUGAUGGAGAAGUAUGCGAAUAAUCUGGAGGCCCUCGUCGACGAUCGAACGGAUCAGUUGCAGGAGGAGAAAAAGAAAACGGAUGCACUACUCCACGAAAUGCUGCCACGUUGCGUGGCCGAUCAGUUGAAGAAGGGUCACAAGGUGGAUCCGGAGCACUACGAGCAGGUCAGCAUUUACUUCAGCGACAUCGUCGGAUUCACAGCCAUGUCCGCCGAGUGCACACCGCUGCAGGUGGUGGACUUCCUCAACGAUCUGUACACCUGCUUCGACUCGAUCAUCGGGCACUACGAUGUCUAUAAGGUGGAAACGAUUGGGGAUGCGUAUAUGGUGGUCUCGGGAUUGCCGCUACGGAAUGGAGAUUUACAUGCUGCGGAAAUUGCCACCAUGUCGCUGCACUUACUCAGUGCUGUCGCGGAGUUCAAGAUCCGCCAUCGGCCCACCAACCGCCUGCUCCUGCGAAUCGGCAUUCACUCGGGACCCGUUUGUGCCGGUGUCGUGGGCCUGAAGAUGCCGCGCUACUGCCUCUUCGGGGACACCGUGAAUACGGCCUCGCGGAUGGAGUCCAGCGGGGUACCGCUGAAGAUCCACUGCAGCUGGCAGUGCCGCCAGCUGCUGGAGCGGCUGGGUGGCUAUCACUUCCAGGAGCGCGGCGUCAUCGCCAUGAAGGGCAAGGGAGACCAGCGCACCUACUGGCUGCUCGGCGAGGAUGAGGAGGCGCGAACGCGGCGCACCUACGAGAGAUCACAGAGGCGAGGAUCGAGGGCGCUUAACAAGUUCAUCCAGGGCACCAUCAAGCAGGCCCAGGAUCAGGCCAAUGAGUACGGAAUACGCUCCUCGCUAAAGCAAAAGACUCUACCUCGAAACUCUUUGACGCGAUCUUCUAGUUUAGAGUCGCCCAAGAAGCUGCGAUUCGCCGCAGGGAGUCUCCUGGAGCAUCAUCGAUAUCAUAGUGACGAGGCCCUGCUGGAAGUGGACUCCUAUACGGGACUGCGGCGUUCCUCCGGCGGAUCCACACAAUCGCGUUACGAGGAGACUACCCUUUCGCUGACCCUCUCCUGCCAAAGUAUUGAGAUCGUGGGUGGUCAGCACAACAAGAGGCGACCAUCCUCAUAUCCCACUGCCAAUACACCGCUGCUAAUGAACCAUGUGGAGGUCUAGUGGCCACCUAGUACUUAUUUACACCCAACUACAGGGAUCUUAGUGGAAUUUGUGUUCAGUACGUUUAGUUUUAGCCAAGUAUUUGUGUCGCUUUUGAGUGUCGUCCGCAGAUCCGCUAUCCUUGGGGGUCUGCAUUGUAAUAUUGUGGUAACUGUAGCAUCAGCAUAUUGUGAGAGUGAUUAUAAAUCUAGUCGUUGUUUAAACACACAUUCAUGCGCUAACCGAAAUCAAAUUAAAAUAGUCAAUAACCGUAACUAAAUGAUAUGAAUAAAGAGUAAAGAAAAUUAAACACUUAUUGUAUAGUCUAGGAUUAUCCAGGGACAUAUUUAUUAUGUACUGUGUGUUGCAAUUUGAUUCCAUUUCAAUUGUUGUGUCUUGGAGACAGUUGCUUUUAUUUUUGUAUAAUUGUAUUCAUUUGACAAACUUAACGAUUUCAUUAUAUAACUUUAGUUUAAAACCGAUUUGUGCAUUUCUCUAGGCAUUAUAAAUACAGUAUUUGAUUCGCCAUCCAAUCGCCAUAUAUGUAUUUUCGUGUAUC